AUGUCAUCUGCUGUAGCAGAGCUGGAUAACUAUCUCCAGUCUAUGCUCGCCCUUAAGCCUCCUGGUGUUUCAGGCUCUAAGAUCAACAGUAUUACAUCACUUUGCACGGCAAAUGUUCAGAAUGAAUCCGUUCUUAUCCAGAAGAUCUAUACACACUUCAAGAAGGCUCCGGGAACACACAAGUUGGGCGUACUCUAUGUCGUAGACUCUGUAACUCGACAGUGGGUAGAAGCAGCGCGCAAGGCGGGUCAGCCAUCGGGUAGUGCUGCUCCUGAUGGAACCUUUGCCGCUGGUGUUAACAGAGUGACCGAAUUACUACCUGUCUUGAUGACUGAUAUCAUAAACAACGCUCCUGAGGAUCAAAAGGAAAAAAUCAGGAAGCUGGUUGAUAUCUGGGAACGUGGAUAUACUUUCCCUGCCCCCAUGCUUACCUCAUUCAAAGAAAAACUAAAUGCACCUGCAGCACACAAUGUUGAAUCCACUACGCCCGAGGGUUCCCCAGCCCCGAACUACAUCCCUCUAGGAGGUUCCCAGCAGUCGCUACUGCAGCAGCCACCCAAUGGCGCAACCUCAACAACCCCUCAGUCGGCACCGGAUACCUCCAGUAUACUGAAAGCCCUAGCAGAUAUGGCCAAACAGAACUCCUCAGCUCCAUCGGCGUCAGUAGCUCCGGCAGUGGCGCCGCAAGCUAAUCCUCUUAGUACUUUAACCCAGCAGAGUGCAGCUCCGCAGCCAGUGUCGUCAUCCGUAGACCAGGCUUCACAAUCCCAGAAUGGACAGGCUAGCGUAAAUCCAUUUGCUGCUGGAGCGAUGGCGGCACCUUUCGCAGCCUUGAGUAAUAUCGCUCAAAACCCGGCAUUGGUACAACCGCAAAGUCAGAGUCAGACCCCAAACCCCUUGACUGCGGCGCAAAACCCACUGGCUGCGCUACUGCCACAGGCGACCGCAGCCCCGGCUCAGCCGACACCCGCUGUUGCGCCUGAUGCGCUGCAGCAGCAGCUCCAGCUCUUACAGCUCUUGGCCGCACAGGGAAUCCCGCAAGACCAGUGGGCCACUGCCCUGCAGAUCCUAAGUCUGUCCAAUGCCGCUAAUAUGGGCAACAUGAAUCCUGGCCAGGCUCCCAGUUUUAAUUUACCGGGCCAAAAUGUCAACGCUUGGGGCCGCCCGGACUCCCAGUCACGUGAGUUCGACCGGGACCGUGAGCGAGACCGAGACUAUAUGCGCUCCCCUCCCGGUCAGUAUCGUCGCCGGUCCCGCUCCCCCGGUUGGGACAGACGUCGCGACGUAUCCCCUCCUCGUCGUCGCGAUAGUCCUGUCUACGGUGAAUACCAUGGCGACUCUCCUGGUCGCAGAGGCGGCGAUCCUCGUGGUCGUCGAGGCAAUGAUUACCGUCAGCGCAGUCCCCCGGGACGUAGACGCCGCACUCCAUCUCCUCCUCGUAAAGAUCCUACUCUGCCACCUCCCGGUCCCAAGUUUAUCGAGUGGGAUUACUCCAUCGGGCAAGGCAAUAUUAAAGUUCUGAGUCGAACCCUUUUUGUUGGCGGCGUCACGUCAUCUGAGGCGCACUUGCGCUCUCUAUUUGGCAAGUUUGGCAUCGUCCAGACUUGCAUUGUCAACAUCGAUAAACGUCACGCUUUCAUCAAGAUGAUUAGCCGCCAGGACGCUGUGAAUGCCCGUGAUGGUAUGGAGUCCUACAAAUCUGGAGACAUGCAACUUAGAACUCGGUGGGGUGUCGGAUUUGGCCCGCGGGAUUGUAGCGACUACCAGACAGGCAUCAGUAUCAUUCCGGUCGAACGACUCACAGAAGCGGAUCGUAAAUGGAUGCUCACUGCUGAGUAUGGCGGCACUGGUGGUAGAUCAAUCGAGAGUGGCAUGGUUGUUGAAGAACCGGAUAUCGAGAUAGGCGCUGGUGUCUCCUCCAAAGCUAUCAGUAGACGGAUUGCGACUGACACCGGAGGCAAACGAGGUCCUAUCUCGUCCCGUACUCAGCAAGAUCGAUUCCCCCGGCCAGAUCGAGAUGGCCCUCCCGUUAGAAUGGGGCCUGGCGGUCCUGGUGGCCAACCUGAUCGAGAUAUUUCUAAUGCCAAUACCGUAGGCGUCCCCCCUGCUGUGCCUGGUUUCGGCUUUUCCUUCCCGGGUAUGCCCCUGUUCCCCCCAGGCUUCAUGAUGGGAGGAGCCCAAGCCGGAACAUCAAGCGGCUCAGCACAACCACCACCCCCCGGUCAAGGGGGCAACUGA